AUGUCUCCUGGCGAUGGCGCUGCCCCUGACUCCAGCAUCGGUACUGCCACCCGAUCGGCUUCGAGUAUCAUCAUGGACGUUAACGCCGAGGUCGAUCGCGAGAUGGAACAGGUCCUCUCGCCUCGCACCACGGCUCUUGUUGCUGCGUCGGAGUCAGCCAAAGAGGAAGAGGAGUUCAAUACUCCCACUCGUCGGGCGCCCCAUAAACCACGCUCGUUCCCCAAGCCGGUUCCUUGGUCGCCUCCUAUUCACCCCCCGCCCAACAAGCCGCUGCCUCCCAUCCCUCGGAAGAGGAACACACCGUCGGAACCUCCUCCUCGCACGUUUGUUGACGUCGACUGUGGCUCUGGCUCCACUGUGUCUCGAGCUCUGACUCUCUCCCACGCUGCCGCCGUCCCUCGCGCCAAGGCUGCCUCUCUCGCACCAGUUAUCACGCAAGCACCGGGACCAGCUCGCCCUACCCCGCCCAUUGCCACGCCCACGUCCGAAUUCUACGACCCAUAUCCGCCGCCAAGAGUCAUCUGGACCAACGGAGACGUCACCGUUUCCGAUUUCUCGAUCCCGAAGCGCAUUGUUCGCCCUGCAGCCUCCAUGACAGCGAUCGCUCCCCGCCCGCCUUCUCUUAUGGAUCAGCGACAACAGCAGGUUCGCCCCCAAGAGUCGGCUGUGAAUGGCAAAUCAGCAUCUGCUGCCGUACCUGCCGUCACAACUUCGCCUGCGCCCUCCCGCUCUCGCCUCUUAGGUAAGAUAGCCUCGAUGACCGAUAUGAAGACCCGAAAAGAGACGGCUUCUGGUUACUCAAGUGGAAGCGGCAGCGGUAGCGGCAGCGACGAUGCUAUCGGCAUGAGAACCUUCCUCGGAGAGGACCUCGCGUCUGCUCCCGCGUUGGCCGAGGAGAAAACCCAAAGGAGUGAGAAGUCUGCCGAAGGCCGUAAGAAGAAGUUCUUUGGAAGCCUCUUCCGCAGAAACAAAAAGACAGGAGAGAAGUAA